AACAUGUUUUGUAAUCUAUAAAAUAAAUAAAGCAAUGUAGCCUUUCAAAAAUAAUGUUAAAAAAAUGUUUAUUACAUCUUCACAUAUCAUUUUACCAACUAAAACAAAAUUGAUUUCCUUUUGGUCAUUAGCGUGUAUAUUUUAUACGGGUUUACUCUUUAUUACACUUCUGGCAGUCGUUUAUUUUCAGUUACGAAAGCGUCGCUCCUCUAUCCUCAAGAGCCAGCGUCCCCCGCGCACUCCGUUCUCAGAGCUCGAGUUCAACGUGGCCACGCCCACCGACCCGGGCAAGAGCCGCCGGGUCAGCUUCUCCAGGAGGACUGGCGUUGCAGAAUUUGCCACAAAUGAAGCUACAACGACAUGGAAGAACUUCUAUGAAGAACAGAACAGAUCUCUGGAGACGUCGGGCCAGGAGGCCGGUCAGGCGCCGCGGCCCUCGGUCGGCCAUCUUGGAAACCGCCUCUUCGACCAACAGUUCCAGGAGUUCGAAGCUGAAAUUGACUUUGGUGGCUCUCUCGGAGUUCCACUCUCCAAUAACGCCAAUACUUCCUUCAAUGUAAAUGUGACUGAGCAACUGGCCCUUUUAGAAUGCACGGCAGAUGAUAAAAAACUAACAGCACCUCAAAAUAAUUUCGAUCUCAGCUCCUUCACUGAACACAGUAACAAAGUUUUCAGGAGCGAUCUUACCAAUCCCAUAGUGAAUGAAGUGUCGGAUCGCAUCAAUAUUAAUUUCUCUAAUCUAAACUCUAUAGGUGGUAAGAUGGAUGAUUUGGACGAGAUUGAGAAAGAUUUGGAAUUUUCUAAUGUCGUGGGGCCGUCGUUUGGAGAUCGAAGGAAUGUUUCACAGUACAUAGAAUUUGACUUAAAUGGUACUCAGGGUCCCAUAAGGGACAACAACGAGUCCGAUAUGUCGAUUACUGAUACUAUUCACAGUCCAAAGAAUGAGGUAUCCAAAAGUUCAUUCCAAGAGAUUAGAAAAUCUACAAGUAAAGAUUGGGUUGAACAAGAUAAGGAAAAUAUGAUUUUGAAUCCAUAUGUUACGCCAGCUGAAGAAGAUAAUUUUGCUGUGAAUGUAGAGACUGAGAAAGUACUUGUAUUUGAUGGCAAGAAGGUCAAAUAUGCCGACAUCAAUGCCGACUUGGACGAGCUUGUUGAAACAGACAAGAAACCUAACAAGUCACUUCUGAAUCUACCUGAAAACAAUGUAGAGAAAACAAAAAUUUACGAAGCCCACGACGAUACUGCUGACAUGUCAAUAACGAAGGGCAUUCCUGCUAAUAUAGAAAAUCCUAAACGACGAACUAUUAUCUUCAAUGAUGACGAUCUCCAUGGCGAUAUAUCUAUGACUCAAUGUAUUUCUAAUGUCAUUGUUAAAAGUAAUGCUUCUGUUGUAAAUAAUUGUGAUUCUUCAAGACCUGGAAUCAACGUCGAAACUAAUAAAUCUCUGAAAUCCUACGCUGACGAAUUACUGAAUGAUAUGUCUUACACAAAAGUGGCUCCUGUUUCCAGCAUUGUACAGGACAUCAAUAAAAAAGGAAGCAUUUCGAGUACUAAAAGACAAACGAUAGUAUUUGAUGAAGAUUUUGGAGAUCUUUCAGUCACUCAAUGCGUUUCUAAGAAUUCCGUAACAAAUAAAACUCUGAUAACGUAUGGAAACGAGAACGCUGAUAUGUCAGUGACGCAAGCUAUUCCUGUUCAGAUUAUAGCGACAGUGACUGCGAAUGACCGUGAGCCGAUCAAAGAAGCUAUACAAACGGAUGUUAUUGUCCAUUCGGAAUCGAAAACCCCUAAAGAACCGUUAAUACUUUCGGACUCUAAAUCUUUGAAGCAAAUAUUUCCUAAAGAGAUAAAUAUUGAAGAUAAUCAACCCUUCAAAGAAGAUCCAGGACAAAAUAUAGAAUCAAAAAAAGACGACUCUACUAACCACAUGCUGAGUACAAAAACACCUCAAAUAGACAGUUCAGAAUGGUCAAAGGAAAAAAGAAGAACAAUAGUAUUUGAAGACGGAAAUGACAUAUCUAUGACCCAAGCUAUACCGGCGCAAAUAAUUCAAUCUCUCAGCAACGCAGAUCUUACAAAAUCAGCAAGUGACACAAACAAAAGAAAAACGAUAGUCUUCAACGAUUCCUUGGGCGAUAUUUCACUGACUCAGUCAAUUUCAGCACAAAUAAUUAACAAAGUAACAUCUGAAAGCCAUGUAGACAUAAUGGAGCCAGAAAAUAAUACGAACAAAAGAAAAACUAUAGUUUUUAAUGAUUCUACCGGAGAUAUCUCUAUGACCCAAGCUAUUCCUGCAAAAAUAAUUAAUAUUGUCGAACCAAAAUGCAAUCUUGAUUUGACUGAGGCAGAAAUAAAAACAAACAAAAGAAAAACCAUUGUUUUUGAUGAUUCUAUGGGAGACAUUUCUAUGACGCAAGCUAUUCCAGCUCAAAUUAUCAAUAAUGACGAGUCAGAAAGUCAAAUUGACGGCACAAAGACUGGAAGCCAAACCAAUAAAAGAAAAACACUAGUUUUUGAAGACUCUUUAGGGGAUAUAUCUAUGACACAAGCAAUACCUGCCCAAAUAUUGCGCAAUGGAGAUUCAGAUGAGCAAAGAGACGAAGCAGAUCUUAUUACUGUCAGCAAUGCAACUAAUCAAAAAACUACUAUGUUUGAGUAUACUUCGGGUGAUAUAUCUAUGACCCUAGCCGUACCAACUGAAAUUAUGAAAGAAGAAGCAGAAAGUGACUCCUCUCAGCCGAAAGUUAAAGACACUAAUAAACAUAAAACAAUUGUUUAUGAUGAUGACACGAGUGAUAUAUCUAUGAAUCGAUCUGUUCCCACAAACAUAAUAUCCAAAUUUCAAACCGAAAUAAACCAAACACUAAAAAAAGAGAAUGAAAUUGAAAAUAACGCAAAUAAUGUACGUAAAACAAUAGUUUUCGCUGAUAAAAUGGGUGAUAUAUGUAUGACUGUAGCGAUUCCUUCUGAGAUGAUGGAAUCUGAAAAUGUGGACACUAUACCGAAAGAAAUAGAUCCUGAUUCGCAGAAACGUAAGAGCAAUGUCCCAACUAGCAUGAAUCAAAGUGUGAUCGUUUGUCACACCAUGUCAGCUCCGUACAGCGGCGGUCGCGAUGAAAUCACAUCUGACGGCGAUAGCGAAAGCAAUACAAAUACCGAAGAAAGAAAAGACAAUGUUGAAACCGACGCGGUAUCUUCUUCCGCCUCUGAAAACUCCGUCGCGCUUGCGUCAAACAAACCACAAGUAAUCGUGAAUUUCAAUAAUGAAUCGAGAAUCAUUAGUACACCAGAAGAAUCAGAGGCCUCGAUAAUAAAAGAACUUCCCUCCAGUAAAGGUGAUGAGUUUCAUGCGAGCAGUGACAAAUUCUUUGGAAAACUAUCCCGUUUAGAAUUAAACAAUCCUCAGGGCGUCCCACGCGCCAACAAAUCCCCCAAACAUGUUUCUAAAAGGCUGGCAGAACAGGCCGAAGCGAGUGGAGAGGAGAAAAUCCAGAGCAUAAGCUAUGAUGCGUUUGCACGAUCGAUUAGCAAGAUAGGGCACGACGAUAUGCUAUGUAAAUCAGCUGUGGAUCAUGAUGCUGAUGCAAUAAACCAAGAUAGAGUUAUUGCAAGUCCGGGAAAACUGAGCGCAUUAAGAAAACAUUCCGCCAAUGCUCAUACGCCAUCUCUAACCAGCGAUAUCCUGAAAUCCAUAAACGAAGGAUCGGGAACGACAAAAGAAUUGGUAAAAAAUCAUGGCAUUCCAUCGGGUAAAAUGGACAGUUCUAUCAAAGAUGAAUCCAAGAAGAAAAUCCUUGAAAACUUGUUAGAUAUGAGAGAUGACAAUGCUGAAGCAGACUUUGAUGAAAAAUGCGUUAUGACCGAACUGCCUACAGUAGAAUCGUACAAAUCAUUAGGUAAAAAAGAUCCAGCGGUAAAUGUGUCAGUGAAAUCGCUUAAAAUGGAGCCUUAUCAUCUCAUAAAUACGGAAUCAAAUGAAGUGGAGACUAUAAUACCGUUUAUAGACACACCGAGGUCCGAGGAGAAGUCACCGUCGACCCAGAGAAAAGACGACGAGAAAUUCGAAGAUGACCUCCAAAAAAAACUUGAAGAACUGCAGUCUUCGAGACGAAAAUCGUACAAGGGUAGACAUUUCGAGCAAGUGCUUAGUGUAGACUCACACAUAGCCAAAUGCAGUUUGAACCAAUCAGAUUUAGUACCAGAAUGUAAACAGACUGGUUCUGUCGAUGACGCUGAUGAUACUAAAGAGUUGCUGGAUAUGUUGUCCAGUCUCACAGAUAAAACAAUGAAAGAGGAAAGACCUCAGCAUUCAUCUACAGAAUACCAAGUGACAAUCGACAAGAGGUCACCUAUCAUAGAACCAAUCAAAAAGUUUAGUUUCGCUCCAGAGCAAGUACAUUCUGACAAUGCAAAAGAAAACAAAAAGAGAUCUGGAAGUCACCAUAGUACAGAUGUAAUUAAAACUCUCAACUUCGACGAUGAAGAACCAAAUAAAACCAGUCCGAUGAAUAAAACUCCAUUCGUCGAAUCCGUUUACAUAAAAGAUUGCGACCACGCGCCGGCUCUCAGCGCGCUAAAAAAAAACUUCGACGAAGAAGAAACUCGGCGCAAAGACAGCAAGGCAAAAGUAAUCCCCAAUUUCGACGUUAGUGAUGGAAUCAAAGAACUAAUGGACGAUUUAGUGAAGCCAAUGGCUGAUGAUUUGCCCUUCGAGGCAGCGCCAGGCCCGCGCGUCCAUCAGUUGCCAUCCACUUGCAGCAACCAGGUGCAGACGAAUCUAGUGUCGUCAAGCCAAAUAGACUUGGAUGUAGAGAUGCAAUCGCCACUGAAAGAAAUAUUAGAACCGAAGCGACACACGCCAAAGAAGUCCCCAAUCAAAAGCAUAAUGAAGCAAUUGUCACCUAAACAUUCACCAAAACCCCAACACAUAGUAAUAGAUGAGCCUGAGCUAGCGGAACCCCUAAUAGACGAAGUUAUAAUUUUCGAUCAAAAUAACCCUUUGAACAACAUUCUAUUGCUUCCUGCUGAUCUUUCGGAUGCUCACAAAUAUGACCCCAAACCGACCAGCAAUAUACACACAGAUUCAGAAGAAAGGGGUCUCUCCAGCGCUUACAGCUCCAAAGUUGAAAUAGGCAGAGUAUCCAUUGAAUUCAACUUGGAAGUCAACUCGGAUAUGAGAUCAGGUGAUGGCUCGAGAAAGGUUUCUACAGUUAGUGAUAUGGGGUCAUGUGUCAAAGAAGUGAAAGAUAUGGAAGUGAACACUGUAGUAGCUAUGAAAGGGACGAAAGAACUCUUAGAUGACGACGCUUCGCUGAUCAUUGUUGAAGAUGACCUCUGCACCGGAGAUACCAGUCGAGACAGCCAAGUCACGCUCAAGAAUCAGGACAUCAAACAAGCUAUAACCCUAGUAGACCCGGAUCAGACGAAAGCAAGAAAACGCAGACACAAUCGCAGCAACACAGCAAACCUUAACACGCCUCCAAAGCCAGUGAAGAAGCUGCAAAAGCUUUCAUUCAGUCCUGAGUCAAAAUCUAUGCCUAAAAACUCAGACUUGAUCUUAGACAUCCUCCCCCCAAAAGAAACUGUAAAGAAAACAAGUCCAAAGAAACACAGUCCAAAGCAAGAUGCAAAAAGUGUUCCGAACUUAUCAACACAAGAAUCUAAGGUGAUUGAAGUGGAUAACUUCGACGAUGUGGUGACGGCAGUAGAGGUUUGCUCGUCCGACGGUGGGAAGCCAGUGAAAGACCAGGAAAUGCUGUCGAUAUCCUCGCGGGAGUGGGCUGAUGAGAGGUCCAGCUCGAGGAGUCUCGUCCAUAGUGAAUCGGGACUCAGUGUCGUGGACAAGAUUGAUAUGCUGCCGUUUAUGGGCACCUCCCUCUGCCGCUGGGAAUCCCUCGACCCGGCGCGCUGGUCGUUCCUGCUGCUGCACUCUCGCGUGCGGCUGAGCGUGGUGUUAGCGAGGAGGGGGCUGGCCGCCACGCCCGUCAGGGAUGAUGUGCCGGUCACUCAUGUUGCUUAUGAGGCUGUUAAACAGGAAAAACCCAACACAAUAACCUCGCUCGCCAUCCACUACGCGCUCCUCCGUCUCCGCGGCCACGGCCCAGCGCGCGCGGGGGCCGUCCCUGGGACGCUGCGGGACGCGGCCCGCGUGGCCCGACUCGCCGCCGACUGGGCGCGGGUCAUGCACGACGCGCAGUUGAGACUGGCGUUUAGUGUGCACGGGGAUAGUGUUGUUAUGAAGGUGGCGAACAUCCCUCUCCGCUCCGUCUGGGAAGUCUCCAUCGUCAUCUCCCCCUCCCCCUGCCUCGCCCCGCGCGCGUCCUCCGUCUCUGUCCGCCCCGUGGAGACCUCCGCGAGUGUGAGCGAGACGGAGGCGGCGCGCGCCGUGCACGGGGUGGCUGAGGACUGGGGGCAUGUGCCUAGGACUAUCUGGAAAAUAUUCAGAUAUUUGAAACACAAGAGAAACGAAGAGAACUUAUUCAUGGGUCUGUAAAAUUUUCCCUUUACUUACUCCAAUCUACAUUUAAAUUCAGGAUCAAUAAGAUCAUUGUUUAUAAUAUCGACUGUAACAAUUUAAUUAUGAAUGUAAAAGCGAAUUAAGUAUUAUGUAUUUUACAAUAUCACACGACAUAUCUCAGCAGUUUCACUACAAAAGUGGAACUAUAUGGCUCAGUAAGUAAGGCUGAAUUUCGCAUAAGGAAUUGUUAGGAUAGGUCUUGAUUUUAUGAAUCGGUUCGGCAUUAUAGGUCGAUCCUUAAAUCUCGAGUAUGUAAUUUAAAACAUAAGAGGUACAAAUGAUAUAGAAUGUAAUAUUUUUGAACAGUGUGUGCAUUUUCAUAAGGAUAUAUUUUGUAAUACAUAAGAUCUAGUUACGUUUUCUAAAAAUAUACACAUGCAUUGCGAACAAACUUUCUU